ACCAUUUUUUUUUUCAGCUUUUCUCUCUCUAAAUCCCCUAUUGGAGAGCAAAACUGCACCAGCCCCCAUCCAUACAUUUUUUCCUUUCUCUCUCUCUCUCUCUCUUCAUAUCUUUUUCCUCUUUGGGGAAGACAACUAACAGAUUACUCUCAGGAAUCCAUUUUCAUAAUUCAAAUAUAUAUAUAUAUAUAUAGAUAGAGAUUGAGACUGUUUCAUCUGAGUCUUCGCACUAGAGAAGAUGGAAAACGGUUGGAGCAGCAGCAGAGAGCAGAACGGUACUUUCCAACCCAUAUGGGAUCUUUGGGAUUCUUCAGAUGAAAUUCCUUCUCUUAACGAACAAAGUACAUUCUCCGACCUUCCACGCGCCGUCACCGUCGCCGGAGGAGGAUCAAACUCAUCCGCCCACGCCCACGUCAUCACCGGCGCCUCCUUGGAUCACGUCCGUUCAUCUUCAUCAUCGUCACUCUACGAGGGUCCUCCUCCAAAUCUUCAUUGGCAAUAUCCUGACCCACAUCUCAUGUGUUUGAAUCUUGGAAAAAGACAUUAUUUUGAAGAUGCCGAUCGCCACGUGGCGGUCGAUUACUCUCCUGUUUCCAAAAGAGGAAAGGCCGGCGGCGGCGGAGGGUUAACGGCGGCGGUGCCUAGGUGUCAGGUGGAAGGUUGCCACGUGUCACUUGUGAAUGCUAAGGGUUACCAUAAGAGGCAUAAGGUUUGUGAGAUGCAUUCUAAAGAACCUAAGGUUGUUGUACUCGGUGAAGACCAACGUUUUUGUCAACAGUGCAGCCGAUUUCAUGGGGUGGCUGAGUUUGAUGAGACUAAGAGGAGUUGUAGAAGAAGAUUAGCAGGUCAUAAUGAAAGGAGGAGGAAAGGAUCACAUGAGUCUAUGCCUAGGAACUCCAAUCAAGGUCGUGUUCUCUCUCUUCUGUCAUCUUCGAGACCCGACAACUCUUGGUGUUUGACCUCGGUCGAUCUAUCGACAAGAUGCAGUGCUGCUUUGAGAGAUUUAAUCGCAGAAAAUAGAGCUUCUGCCUCUAUUUACUACCAAGACAACAUUAAUUACCUUGAUAAUAAUACUAUCGAAGGUGAAUUAACACCACAAGAUGAAUCUCAUACUUCUACUAAUUGUACAAUUAAGUUUUCGCAAAACCAUCACAUAUUUGGGGAUGUCGAGCCGAGGACAGGGUCGUUUAGGGAUCAGUUGAAUGAGGCGGGUGGCUCGCAAUUGACCUUAGACCUUAUGCAGGCGUCUGGUUCUGCUUUCGGGUUUUUCUUGAGUUAGAAAACCGAAUCUAUAUAUGAUUUUUGGGAUUAAUAUUGGAACUAGGUUCUUUAAAUCUUUUUGAACAGUUGUUUUGUGUAUGGAAUCUACCUCUAUUUUUUGAUGGUUUACUAGUGUAUUUUGGUAGAUUGAAAGUUUGUACUUUUGUUGGAAAUGUUUGAAUUCAAAUGGACACAAUUGUUAGGUGU